AUGACCGAAGAGCAAACUCACACAGCUCGCGAAGGAGCCACAGCCGGCGAUGUCGAAGACGAGUUCCAGCCCACCGCAAAAUCUGCCGAGGACCGCAAAGCCGCGUCGGCGCUUGCAUCCCUUGACGCCAGAGGCAACGACGAGCCGAGCAGCAAAGAGGUCGACAGUGAAGCCGUCAACAAGGCCAUGAAGAGCCUGAACGGUUCAAAGCCAUCUGCGGCACCAAAACCCGUGUCCGGCAAGAACGUCAAGAUUGAUGACGAGGAUGUCACGUUGCUUGUAAAUGAAUUGGAGUUAACGAAGCCGAAAGCUGUGGAGCUACUGAAGGCUCAUGAUGGAGAUGCUGUAAAGGCAAUGAGAUCGUGGGUUGAGGUCUGA